AUGAAGGUGACAACCACGUUGCAGCUGAGAAAAACUCGGCAUUCAAGCGAGUCGUCCUCUAGUGUUGAUGGGUCAAUCAGCAUUAUUUAUGCCCAAAACUUUAGACCGUACACAAUUGACGAGGAAAAUGUAAACCGAACCCUAGAAAUGGAGGUGAUGGCCAAAUUGUUAUCCAAAAGUGACACAACUAAUAACCGAGCUCGAAUUUCCGACCAAGAGAUUGAGGUUUUUCUCUUGCCCUUUGGUCGGAAUUCAAUUGAAUUUGAUGCAUUUGACAUGCUAAACCAACCUUGGAGAUUGAAGAUAUCGGUUCGCAACCAAGGUAAGUAUCUAAGACCUUGGAUAUCCGGCCAAUGGAGCACCUAUGUUCUUCAUAAAGGGCUUAGGGAAGGAGAUAGAGUUAUCUUGACUAUGCAUGAGCAAGAGAAUGGUGUAAGAACUUAUUGCAUCAAAGCAGAAAGGAAGCAUUUCGGUUUCUGGUAUUCGAUUGAUCAAUAA